AUGCAUCAUACGUUUGUCAAGCCGUUCGAUGGAGCCAAGGAAGAGGCCCAGCUACUCACUCGAUUGAAGUUUCGUCCCAAGGAAUGGAGGAAAGCUCACAAGAAUCAAGACUGGAGUGUCUUCAAGGAGCCGCUGACCUUGGAACAUGGACCAGCCCACUUAGAACCACCUGGAAUUCCCGACAUCAAGUGGCAGGAGCUGUAUGACAAGUGGCGCAAGCUGAUACCACUAGACAAGAGAACAAUCAAGUGGUUUAAAGAAGACCCGGGAGUAGAACGUCGAGCGAAGGUUCAAGCCAAUUCGAAAAAGGCCAAAGCUACCAGGAGGCAACGUACAGCUACUAAGGUGUCAGCAGCUGAAGCAGCCACUAUGGCUACUGCGCCAACUGAAGUUAACAACUCUAUCUAA